GUUUGUAACUUAGCCGACAAAGCUUCCGACUCGACGCUGGUCCUGAUGGCUGCUGCGGCGGCGCUGGCAGCGGCCGAUACCCCUCCAGCGGUGCCUCAAGCGGCAGGCACUGGAGGGCCCACAGCCCGCAGAGACUUCUACUGGCUACGCUCCUUCCUGGCUGGAGGUAUUGCUGGAUGCUGUGCUAAAACAACUGUUGCCCCUUUGGAUCGAGUGAAGGUUUUAUUACAAGCUCAUAAUCACCAUUACAAGCAUUUAGGAGUGUUUUCUACAUUACGUGCUGUUCCCCAAAAGGAAGGAUACCUUGGUUUGUAUAAAGGAAAUGGUGCAAUGAUGAUUCGAAUCUUUCCCUAUGGCGCAAUCCAGUUUAUGGCGUUUGAGCAUUAUAAAACGUUAAUUACUACAAAGCUGGGAGUGUCGGGUCAUGUACACAGAUUAAUGGCUGGAUCCAUGGCAGGCAUGACAGCAGUUAUCUGUACUUACCCUCUUGACAUGGUUAGAGUCCGCCUAGCAUUCCAGGUGAAAGGGGAGCACACUUACACAGGAAUUGUUCAUGCAUUUAAAACAAUUUAUGCAAAGGAAGGUGGUUUCCUUGGAUUUUAUAGAGGCCUGAUGCCUACUAUCUUAGGGAUGGCUCCAUAUGCAGGUGUUUCAUUUUUUACUUUUGGCACCUUAAAGAGUGUUGGGCUUUCUCAUGCUCCUACUCUUCUGGGCCGACCCUCAUCAGACAAUCCUAACGUCUUAGUUUUGAAAACUCACAUAAAUUUACUUUGUGGUGGUGUUGCCGGAGCAAUAGCACAGACAAUAUCUUACCCUUUUGAUGUAACUCGUCGACGGAUGCAAUUAGGAACUGUUCUGCCAGAAUUUGAAAAGUGCCUAGGUUGUUAUUAUGUAACCACGCUAAUCUCUUUCAGUACCAUGCGGGAGACCAUGAAGUAUGUCUACGGACACCAUGGAAUUCGGAAAGGAUUAUACCGUGGUUUAUCUCUGAAUUACAUUCGUUGCAUUCCCUCUCAAGCUGUGGCUUUUACAACAUAUGAACUUAUGAAGCAGUUUUUUCACCUCAACUAAAAAAAAAAUAAUAAUCCUGUUUUCUCCACCUCAGUAUACUUACUGCCAGAGGGUAAUAUAAAAUGUUACUUUAAUUUGGGGGAACAUUACUUGAAAGGAAAGGAAAUACUCUGU